AGUACAUAAAAAUAACAAAUUAAUAUCAAAUAGCUUUGUUACUAUUUGUUUUAACUAGUUUUUUUCUAUUUUUCUUUUGAUCUCAGUGUUGAAAGCACUGAUUUUCACUACUGAAUCAGUUUUAAUAAAUUUAUCAUUCUGGCGGGUUCACUGAAAAAAUCUAGCAGGAAAAUGGCUGGAAUUGAUGAGUUGAAAAACAUGGUGAUGACGUUCCGAGUGUCCGAACUGCAGAUGCUGUUGGGAUACGCGGGGCGGAAUAAGUCCGGCCGAAAAACAGAACUCCAGGCUAGAGCCGUUGAACUACUUCGGCUCAAGUCAACCCCCAUCCAGCUCAAGAUAAAAGAACUGUACAAGACCAUUCAGUCGAGCCUGGGAACUAGUCAGCCGCCAGGUGAGCCACCGACGGGCGUCAUGGUGCCGCAGCCGGGUGUGGGUGGGGCAAUGAUGGCCGCCGCCGCCCAGCAGCAGAGAGGCCCCACCCCCCGCAUCGUCGGGGCCCCACCCACCUAUCACAUCUAUCCGCAGCAGAGAGAUGUAAGUCAAGUUCAUUUACAAAUCAUUGUUUUCAAAUUGUAA